UUUUAUUUUGUCUUUAGGAAGUAUUCAAAAUUAAUUAAAAUGCCUUCCACCAAACCGUCAAAUGAAAAUGAAACACCUAAAGAGAGAAUCCCAGGAUUGAGGGGUGUUCGAACCACCACCCUCUUCCGAGCUGUGAACCCAGAGCUCUUCAUUAAACCUAACAAAUCUGUGAUGGCAUUUGGACUUGUAGGAAUUACCCUCUGUGUGGCCUACCUUGGUUAUUUGCAUGCAACAGUAGAGAAUAAAAAUGACCUCUAUGAAGCAAUUGACAGUGAAGGAUCCAGAUAUAUGCGGAGGAAAACUUCCAAGUGGGACUGAAGGAGGAAGGAAGGAUAUAUGCAAAUCAGUCACAGAGAUUUUCAGUGCAACUACCAUUAU